AUAAUACAGAUUUAGGCUGGGGUGGUAAAGCCGACAAGUCACAAAAAAAUGAACCAUGGGGCUCUCAAGCCGCUGAUAAGUUACAAACAGAAACGAAUUCAUCCUGGGGUGUUAAAGCUGAUAAAUCUCGAAGUGAUACCUGGGGUUCUCAAACUGCAGAUAAGUCACAACCUGAAACAAACACAUCAUGGGGUGUUAAAGCCGAUAAGUCUCAAGCUGACCCUUGGGGUUCUCAAACCACUAACAAGUCACAAACUGAAAUGAAUCCACCCUGGAGUGCUCAAUCUUCGGAUAAGUUUGUCGAAGAGCCACGUGGAAGAAGUAAUGAACCUAGGGAGAUUCCUAAUUGGUCAAAGAGUAAUAGUGGUUGGGUUCAAAAUUCAGAGAACAAUACCAAUUUAAAUCAACCUAAUAGUACUUUGAAACCGGAUCUAAAGAGUGAUGCUUGGUGGUGA